CUGGACCGAGGGCUAUACCACGAGAUCUUCACUGCGUACAAACUUGUCCAGGAUUAUAAAAUCACGCAUGGUAGUCAGAUCUCCAGACCCCUCACUGAAUCGGAGAAGCGAGAGGGUCUCAAUGGCAGCUCCCAAAUGAUCACGGUGCCCUUACAAGGUAACAAGUACAGAGAGAUAGACAUGGUCUACAACGAGGGUGGAAUUACCCAUAUCGUCGAGGCUAAGAACACCAAGACUGUUGAUCACAGUCAGCUCCAGCCCAACAUCCAACUGGCGCAACAAAUCCAAGGAGCCUUGGUCUAUGCGAUCGGCGAAAAGGAUGGUCAGGAACGAGCUCUUAAAGAGGCAUACAAAAAGCUCCAAGCUCAACACCAGUCUAGCAGCACUGGGAACUUCCCUCCUUUGCAUGUCCUGCGUAUCCCGGACAAAGUCUCGAACAUCAUGUCCGACAACAAGCCGAUGAGUCUACUGUCGCUUUCAUCGACGUUUCAGGUUUCCCAGUUCAACAUAGCUGAAGUUACGGGGGAGUUUGACCACGAAGAACGUGGGUUUUCGCUGUUUAGAUAGAAUGGUGCAUGAGUUAGUUGGCUACAGAUUCUGCGAAGGUUGACAGGUGAAGGAUAUCAAGAAAUACAACGAUACAAUUUAUGACACUCUAUACUAUAUUUCAC